AUGUCAGAAAAUAACUCAAUUUCAAGAAAUAAUAACGAUAACACAAGGAAGAAAAAUGCCCAAAAAAAUACCAAACCAGCAACAACAGCAGCAAUUGAAGACCCGCGUUUCGCUCACUCACUUACAGAUCCAAGGUUUAGACGUCCUAAAAAAAAGGAUAUGAAAAUAACUGUAGAUGAACGUUUUUCUGAUAUGCUCAAUUCCAAGGAGUUUGGCGUAUUUUCAAAGUUCGAUAAACGUGGACGAUUGAAAUCAAUUGAUGAUUCAGCAAAAGAAUUAAAAAGAUAUUACAAUUUGGAUGAUGAUCAAUUAGAUGUUUCUGAUUCAUCGUCAUCUCCUUCUGAAGAUGAUGAUGUUUCUGAUAUAUUGUCAUCAGAUUCUUCUUCUUCUGGUGAUGAUGAUGAGCCAACCCACAGUGGUAACUCAGAGCUUAUUGAAGAAGAAGAGCAAAUUCCAUAUGGGGAAGAAACUCUUCGAUUAGCGGUUAUAAAUAUGGAUUGGGAUAAUAUAAAAUCAGCAGACCUUAUGAAAGUUUUUGCUACAUUUGUACCUAAAGGUUCACUGAUAAAAUCUGUUAAAAUAUAUCCUUCUGAAUUUGGCAAAAAAAGAUUAGAUAGGGAAACGGUUGAAGGACCACCAAAAGAAAUAUUUAAAAAAACCGAUGAUUCUAAUUUAAAUGAAUCAGGUGAUGAUUCAAAUGAUGAUGACAAUGACGGCGAGGUUACUGAAAAGAACAUAAUAAAUGUGAGUGAUGGCAAGGAGUUUGAUGAAGGUGCGUUGAGAAAGUAUCAGUUAGAAAGGUUAAAGUACUAUUAUGCAGUUGUUGAUUGUGACUCAGUCAAGACUGCCAAGUGCAUUUAUCAAAACUGUGAUGGCGUAGAAUUUGAAAGCACUGGAAAUUUUUUCGAUUUACGCUUUAUUCCUGAUGAUGUGGAGUUCAAUGAUUUACCAAAGGAUGAAUGUUAUCAAGUGCCGGAUGUUUAUAAACCAGUUGAUUUUGUGACUGAUGCAUUGCAACAUUCUAAUGUGAAGUUAACAUGGGACAAUGAUGAUCCUGAUCGUGUAAAAAUAAUUAAACAAAAAUUUUCAAAAAAUGAUUUGGAAUUAAUGGACUUUAAGGCAUAUCUUGCUUCAUCUAGCGAAGAGGAAGAAUCAGAUAAUGAGGUUGAAGAGGCAAGGCAAAAAUAUAAGGACCUAUUAAUUGAUUUAGAAAAAAAUAAAUCAGAUGAAGAUCAAGAUAUUCAGAUCACAUUUGCACCUGGUUUAAGUGAAUCCGCUACAUUAAAUGAUUCACACAAUGAUUCAGAUGAUAAUGAAGAUGAAAUUGAUGAUGAUGAAAUUACCAAAACAAGAUUUAAUGUUACAAAAUCAUCCAAAAAAAAAUCAAAAAAAAAUACACACAAACUUUCAAAACUAGAACAACAAGAGGCUGAUCGUAAUAGAGCAGAAUUAGAAUUAUUGUUGAUGGAUGAUGAAGAUAACUUUGUUGGUAAUAGGAAUAGUGAGGCAUUGGAUAAUGCAAUUGAACAUUUAGAAAUUAAGGUUCAAAACGAGGAUUAG